AUGCUACGACAAUUUAGCACAGGCCUGCCAUCAAAGGCCCGGGCCUCGUGCUCGCGAGUCCUGGGUCAAGCUUCCAAGUUCUCGUUGGCGCGGAGGCCUAUGUCCACGGUCGAGGUGAAGGGUAUUGAGAAGGAUCCUACAGAACUUGACCGAGUCACAACACUUCCCAAUGGCCUGCGAGUUGCUUCAGAAGCUCUCCCCGGAUCCUUUGCCGGCGUGGGUGUUUAUAUCGAGGGCGGAUCUCGGUUCGAAAACAACUCCCUUCGUGGCGUCUCCCACAUUAUGGACCGUCUUGCUUUCAAGUCGACGUCGAAGCGCUCCGCGGACGAUAUGCUCGAACAGGUCGAAGCUUUAGGUGGAAACAUCCAGUGUGCCUCGUCGCGAGAGAGCAUGAUGUACCAAGCCGCUACCUUCAAUAACGCCGUUUCCCCGACUAUUAAACUCCUCGCUGAGACGAUCCGCGAUCCUCAGAUUACCGAUUUGGAAGUUGCGGAACAGAUCGAGACAGCACGAUAUGAGAUUCGAGAGAUCUGGAGCAAGCCGGAGCUCAUCCUGCCCGAAUUGGUGCACACUGCUGCAUUUAAGGAUAACACACUUGGAAACCCGUUGCUGUGCCCGGAGGAGAGAUUGGGCGCUAUUGACAGAAACACCGUUCUGGCGUACCGGGAUCUCUUCUACCGACCUGAGAGAAUGGUUGUGGCAUACGCUGGAGUCGAGCACAACGAGGCAGUUCGGUUAACAGAAGAGUUCUUCGGUGAUAUGAAGAAGGGCGGACAGCGAGUCCAAGAAACGACUGGGUCCGAGACAAGCGAAAGCGAACUAUCAGACAGCGAAGCCAGCGCAUCUUCAGCCUCCUCAUCACCACAGUCAUCUUCUGGCCUGCUCUCACGAUUCUUCAAGACAUCCUCCCCCGCUUCUCAGAACCUCGAAAACCUCCCCACUCAAAGCGAUAUCGCGCUGCCUUCAAAGUAUACCGGUGGCUUCCUCUCACUCCCCGCUCAACCACCUAAUCUAAGCGGCCAACCUACUUUCACACAUAUCCACCUCGCUUUCGAGGGCCUCCCAGUUGCCUCUGACGACAUUUACGCCCUUGCUACACUUCAAACCCUUCUUGGCGGUGGUGGCUCUUUCUCCGCUGGUGGACCUGGCAAGGGCAUGUACUCUCGUCUGUACACCAACGUUCUGAACCAGCACGGCUGGGUCGAGUCAUGCAUGGCCUUUAACCACUCUUACACUGAUUCCGGCCUUUUCGGUAUCUCAGCAAGCUGUCUCCCCGGCCGUACCGCCUCCAUGCUCGACGUUAUGUGCCAGGAGCUCCGCGCCCUGACACUAACAACAGGCUUCUCCCGCCUUCAACCGGCCGAAGUCGCCCGCGCAAAGAACCAACUACGAUCCAGUCUCCUCAUGAACCUCGAGAGCCGCAUGGUCGAGCUCGAGGAUCUCGGCCGAUCUAUCCAAGUCCACGGCCGCAAGAUUCCCGUCCGGGAUAUGUGCCGCCGCAUUGAGAACCUAACAGUAGAAGACCUCCGUCGCGUUGCUACCAAGAUUGUUGGCGGUAUGGUGAGGAACCCUGGCGGUGGCAGCGGUGCGCCUACUGUGGUGCUACAGGAAGCUCAGGCGUAUGGCGUGAGCAGCCAUACCAUGAGCUGGGAUCAGAUUCAAGAUCGUAUCGACAGCUGGAAGCUCGGCAGCUCGUCGUAG